AUGGGGCUGCUGGUGAAUUUGCUGGACACAUCGACCAUCCACGGAGACUGGGGCUGGCUCACGUAUCCGGCACAUGGGUGGGACUCCAUCAAUGAGGUGGACGAGUCCUUCCAGCCCAUCCACACGUACCAGGUUUGCAACGUCAUGAGCCCCAACCAGAACAACUGGCUGCGCACGAACUGGGUGCCCCGGGACGGCGCGCGGCGCGUCUACGCAGAGAUCAAGUUCACCCUGCGCGACUGCAACAGCAUGCCGGGCGUGCUGGGCACCUGCAAGGAGACCUUCAACCUCUACUACCUGGAGUCGGACCGCGACCUGGGCGCCAGCACGCAAGAAAGCCAGUUCCUCAAAAUCGACACCAUAGCGGCCGACGAGAGCUUCACAGGCGCAGACCUGGGCGUGCGGCGUCUCAAGCUCAACACCGAGGUGCGCGGCGUGGGGCCCCUCAGCAAGCGCGGCUUCUACCUGGCCUUCCAGGACAUCGGCGCUUGCCUCGCCAUCCUCUCUCUGCGCAUCUACUACAAGAAGUGCCCCGCCAUGGUGCGGAAUCUGGCUGCCUUCUCGGAGGCGGUGACGGGGGCCGACUCGUCCUCGCUGGUGGAGGUGCGGGGCCAGUGCGUGCGGCACUCGGAGGAGCGGGACACGCCCAAGAUGUACUGCAGCGCCGAGGGCGAGUGGCUGGUGCCCAUCGGCAAGUGCGUGUGCAGCGCCGGCUACGAGGAGCGGCGCGAUGCCUGUGUGGCCUGCGAGCUGGGCUUCUACAAGUCAGCCCCUGGGGACCAGCUGUGUGCCCGCUGCCCUCUCCACAGUCACUCUGCAGCCCCAGCCGCCCAGGCCUGCCGCUGUGAUCUCAGCUACUACCGUGCAGCCCUGGACCCCCCAUCCUCAGCCUGCACCCGGCCUCCCUCAGCACCAGUAAACCUGAUCUCUAGCGUGAAUGGGACAUCAGUGACUCUGGAGUGGGCUCCUCCUCUGGACCCAGGUGGCCGCAGUGACAUCACCUACAAUGCCGUGUGCCGCCGCUGCCCCUGGGCCCUGAGCCACUGUGAGGCGUGUGGGAGUGGCACCCGCUUUGUGCCCCAGCAGACGAGCUUGGUGCAAGCCAGCCUGUUGGUGGCCAACCUACUGGCACACAUGAACUACUCCUUCUGGAUUGAGGCUGUCAACGGCGUGUCGGACCUGAGCCCGGAGCCCCGCCAGGCUGCUGUUGUCAACAUCACCACAAACCAGGCAGCCCCAUCCCAGGUGGUGGUGAUCCGGCAGGAGCGGGCAGGCCAGACCAGCGUGUCGCUGCUGUGGCAGGAGCCGGAGCAGCCCAAUGGCAUCAUCUUGGAGUACGAGAUCAAGUACUAUGAGAAGGACAAGGAAAUGCAGAGCUACUCCACGCUCAAGGCCGUCACUACCAGAGCCACCAUCUCCGGCCUCAAGCCGGGCACACGCUACGUGUUCCAGGUCCGAGCCCGCACCUCGGCAGGCUGCGGCCGCUUCAGCCAGGCCAUGGAGGUGGAGACUGGGAAACCCCGGCCCCGCUAUGACACCCGGACCAUCGUCUGGAUCUGCCUGACCCUCAUCACGGGCCUAGUGGUGCUUCUGCUCCUGCUCAUCUGUAAGAAGAGACACUGUGGCUACAGCAAGGCCUUCCAGGACUCGGAUGAGGAAAAGAUGCAUUAUCAGAAUGGGCAGGCACCCCCUCCUGUUUUCCUGCCCCUGCACCACCCCCCGGGAAAGCUCCCAGAACCCCAGGUCUGUGCAGAACCCCACAACUAUGAGGAACCGGGCCGGGCAGGCCGCAGUUUCACCCGAGAGAUUGAGGCCUCCAGGAUCCACAUCGAGAAAAUCAUUGGCUCUGGAGAAUCUGGGGAAGUCUGCUAUGGGCGGCUGCGGGUGCCGGGGCAGCGGGAUGUGCCUGUGGCCAUCAAGGCCCUCAAGGCAGGCUACACGGAGAGACAGCGGCGGGACUUCCUGAGCGAGGCAUCCAUCAUGGGUCAGUUCGACCACCCUAAUAUCAUCCGCCUUGAGGGUGUCGUCACCCGUGGCCGCCUGGCCAUGAUCGUGACCGAGUAUAUGGAGAACGGCUCUCUGGAUGCCUUCCUGAGGACCCACGAUGGGCAGUUCACCAUCAUGCAGCUGGUGGGCAUGCUCAGGGGAGUGGGCGCCGGCAUGCGCUACCUCUCAGACCUGGGCUAUGUCCACCGCGACCUGGCUGCCCGGAACGUCCUGGUGGACAGCAACCUGGUCUGCAAAGUGUCUGACUUCGGGCUCUCACGGGUGCUGGAGGACGACCCCGAUGCUGCCUACACCACCACGGGAGGGAAGAUCCCCAUCCGCUGGACAGCCCCUGAGGCUAUUGCCUUCCGUACCUUCUCCUCGGCCAGCGAUGUGUGGAGUUUUGGCGUGGUUAUGUGGGAAGUGCUGGCCUACGGGGAGCGGCCCUACUGGAACAUGACCAACAGAGAUGUCAUCAGCUCUGUAGAGGAGGGGUACCGCCUGCCUGCACCCAUGGGCUGCCCCCGCGCCCUGCACCAGCUCAUGCUCGACUGCUGGCACAAGGACCGGGCCCAGCGGCCUCGCUUCUCCCAAAUCAUCAGUGUCCUUGAUGCACUGAUCCGCAGCCCUGAGAGUCUCAGGGCCACCGCCACUGUCAGCAGGUGCCCACCCCCUGCUUUCGCCCGGAGCUGCUUUGACCUCCGAGGGGGCAGUGGCGGGGGCCUCACCGUGGGGGACUGGCUGGACUCCAUCCGCAUGGGCCGGUACCGAGACCACUUCGCUGCCGGUGGUUACUCCUCUCUGGGCAUGGUGCUGCGUAUGAAUGCCCAGGACGUGAGGGCCCUGGGCAUCACCCUCAUGGGUCACCAGAAGAAGAUCCUGGGCAGCAUCCAGACCAUGCGGGCCCAGCUGACCAGCACCCAGGGACCCCGCCGGCACCUCUGA